UACAAAAUACAAAAGAGAGUUAGAAACAAAAUGGAAGAAAGUAAAAGAAACUUAGUAGAUGAAGAAGCUAAAGCAUCUCUAGACAUAUGGAAAUAUGUCUUUGGGUUUGCAGAUAUAGCAGCUGCAAAGUGUGCCAUCGAUCUUAAGAUACCAGAAGCCAUUGAAAACCAUCCUUCCUCACAGCCCGUGACAUUAGCUGAGCUCUCCUCCACAGUCUCCGCCUCUCCAUCACAUCUUCGUCGUAUAAUGAGGUUUCUUGUGCACCAAGGAAUCUUCAAAGAAGUCCCCUUAAAAGAUGGUCUAGCCACAGGCUACACUAACACGCCACUCUCUCGCCGUAUGAUGAUCACAAAACGUGACGGCAAGUCUCUAGCUCCUUUUGUUCUCUUCGAGACAAGUCGCGAGAUGCUGGCUCCGUGGUUAAACCUGAGCUCAGUUGUCUCUUCUUCGGUCAACGGUUCACAUCCACCACCGUUUGAUGCUGUGCACAAUAAGGACGUGUGGGCUUUAGCGGAGGAUAAUCCGUGCUUUAGUGAGAUGAUCAAUGAGGCCAUGGCUUGUGACACAAGGCGAGUGGUACCACGUGUUGCCCAAGCUUGUCACGACUUGUUUGACAGCGUGGCUACAGUGGUGGAUGUAGGAGGUGGUAACGGAGAGGCGAUGGGAAUAUUGGUGAAGGAGUUUCCUUGGAUCAAAGGAUUUAACUUCGAUCUUCCUCAUGUUAUCGACGUAGCUCAGGGGUUGGAUGGUGUUGCGAAUGUUGGAGGCGAUAUGUUUGAUUCUGUUCCAAAAUGUGACGCCGUCUUCAUCAAGUGGGUAUUACAUGAUUGGGGAGACAAAGAUUGCAUAAAGAUAUUGAAGAAUUGCAAAGAAGCGGUCCCAGAAAAUGUCGGAAAAGUGUUUAUAGUGGAAUCUGUAAUCAGAGAGAAUAAAAAGACGACGAUAGUGGAAGAAAGAGAUGAGAAAUUAGAGCAUGUCAGAUUGAUGCUUGAUAUGGUGAUGAUGGCUCACACAAGCACCGGCAAAGAAAGGACUCUGAAAGAAUGGAACUUUGUUCUUAACGAAGCUGGUUUCGCUCGAUAUGAAGUUAGGGACAUUGAUGAUGUUCAGUGUGUUAUCAUCGCGUAUCGGUCUUAAAUGGAAGAGCUAAACCAAAAUUUCAUUCGAGAAAACUCAAUAUAUUAAUGAUUAUCUUGUUGUUGGUAAGUAUGAUGAGUUUCAGUUAAGUUUGAAUGCUUGUGUUGUAUCAAAACAAUCAAGGGUUGUUUCAGUACCACUGUACCAGCCAUGUUGUGUUUAUUGUGCUUGCUCUUUGUAUUUUCACAUGUAUUUAAUAAUCUUGUUGAUGCAUAAGGACUUGCACUUGUAACUUGCUUUUAGUAACUUUUUUCUUAAGCUACA